AUGAACUCUCUGUUCACCUCCUUCCGCCGCAUCCUCCCCCUAAACCCUAAUCCCCACCACCAACACUUCCUUCUUCAUAAACUCUUCUCAUCUCGCCGUUCAUUCCCACCUAUCCCCAUCCAACGGUUACAACAAUUACCCGCCCCACCCGAUUCAACACGUCAUCAACUAACCGUCCCUGAUUUCUCACAAACCGAUCUCUCCACCAUAUCGAAUCUCCUCGAAAACCAUAACGUAACCCCCGGUUCGAGUCUCGAGUCAGCUCUAAAUGAAACCGGAAUCGAACCGAGCUAUCAGCUGGUUCAAACGUUAUUCGAUCGGUUAAGCUCCUCGCCGAUGCUGCUCCACUCAGUGUUCAAAUGGGCCGAUACGAAGCCUGGUUUUACACCAUCUCCGUCAUUGUUUAAUUCCGUUAUCAACGCCAUGUGCAAAGCACGUGACUUCGAGAGUGCCUGGUCGUUGAUCUUUGAUAGAGUGAGAAGCGAUGGAGGAUCAGGAUUAGUUACUGCAGAUACGUUCAUCGUUUUGAUCAGACGGUAUGCUCGUGCUGGAAUGGUGGAACAAGCUAUAAAGGCUUUUGAAUACGCUACAAAUUAUGAUACGGAGCUUAAGCUUCUCGAGGUUUUGUUAGAUGCUCUUUGUAAAGAAGGACAUGUUAGAGAAGCUUCAAUGUAUAUGGAGAGAAGAAGAAGGCUGGAUUCGAACUGGAUUCCCUCUGUUCGGAUCUUCAACAUUUUAUUAAACGGAUGGUUCCGUGCAAGAAAGCUAAAGCAAGCAGAGAAUCUAUGGACAGAGAUGAAAGAGAUGAAUGUGAAGCCGAGCGUUGUCACUUACGGUACUCUAAUAGAAGGAUAUUGCAGGAUGCGUCGCGUCGAGAUUGCUUUAGAGGUUCUUGAAGAAAUGAAAAUGGCUGAAAUGGAACUGAGUUUUAUGGUGUUUAAUCCGAUAAUCGAUGGUUUAGGAGAAGCUGGGAGGUUACAAGAAGCUUUAGGUAUGAUGGAGAGGUUUUUUGUUUGUGUUUCGGGUCCUACCAUAGUGACUUAUAACUCACUGGUUAAGAACUUCUGCAAGGCUGGAGAUUUGGCUGGUGCUAGUAAGAUACUCAAGAUGAUGAUGAACAGAGGAGUUGAUCCUACUCCGACUACGUAUAACCAUUUCUUUAAGUAUUUCUCUAAGCAUAACAAAACUGAGGAGGGUAUGAACUUAUACUUCAAGUUGAUUGAAGCUGGACAUAGUCCAGAUCGGCUUACGUAUCAUUUGAUCUUGAAAAUGUUGUGUGAGGAUGGGAAGCUGAGUUUGGCGAUGCAAGUGAACAAGGAGAUGAAGAACAGAGGCAUUGAUCCCGACUUGUUAACGACCACGAUGCUAAUUCAUUUGCUCUGCAGGCUUGACAUGUUGGAAGAAGCAUUUGAGGAGUUUGAGAAGGUGGUGAGGAGAGGGAUAAUUCCACAGUAUAUUACAUUCAAGAUGAUUGAUAACGGUUUGAGAACGAAAGGGAUGAUCGAGAUGGCGAAGAGAUUAGCCUGUGUAAUGUCUUCUCUUCCUCACUCGGAGAAACUACCGAAUACAUACAGAGAAGUGGUGGAUGCGCCUCCUGGUAGAGAUAGAAGGAAGUCUAUAUUGCAUAGAGCAGAAGCAAUGUCUGAUGUGUUGAAGGGUUGUAGAAACCCAAGAAAAUUGGUGAAGAUGCGUGGAUUUCCCAAAACAGCUGUUUCCAAAGACGAGAAGGUUGUAGAUGAUGUAAAUGGACGAGAUCGAGAUGGAGAUGGAGAUGCAGUGAGAGAACCGCAUAGAUCUUCAAGUCCUUCGUUCUAAACUGAUGUGAGGAAUGAAGUUAUAACGGGCUUGAAAUGGGCUGUUUGGACUUUGGGUUCCACUUCAUCUUGAAUAGAACUUUAUGACAACAUUUUUCAUGUAUUUGUAGUAACCCAUAAGAGCAAUUCUA